AUGGAGCAUUCCGCAGCUCAAAAGGACAAAAAACGAAAACCUCCACGCUUUGUCCAUUUGCCAGCUCAGCAAGCAAUCAAAGCAAAGCAAGCUUGGGUUCAUAAAGUCAAACUACGUUCAAAAUGGGCAAAACAAAAGCGUAGCUUGGCCUCGGGCUCAAACGCCAUUCCAGCCACCAAGCGAGACCAGGCAGAGGGCGAAGAAGACUCGAAAGAGUCUGUUCAUGACCAAGACACUCCUAGAAAGCGACACAGGCCACAGGAACAUCCAAACAGCCUGAAGAAGAGACGACUAGACGAGCCUAAACGUUCGCAAGAAGAAGAAGCCGCUCUCAAGGCUCAAAAGGAACGCGUUAGAGAGCUUGCCAGAAAAGCAUAUGCUCCCGAGUCUCUUCACACUUUUAAAUCAGACCCUCUUGGCCGACGGAGAGGUCAAGGCAAUAAUCCAAACUCUCGCGGACGAGGACAGCCAAACAUGAAGCUACGGAUGAAUGCAUUGCUAGAGAAGAUCAAACUCGAUACCGACAAAGCUUAG